AACAAAAAUAGAAAAAAAUUUCAUUUAGGCCUAGAAUCUAGAUCUAGAUCUAGAUUUCUAGAUGCUGUUGUUAGAUCUAGGCUAGAUAGAUCUAAAUGUUUAUCAUUAAAAAUAAAAGCAAACAAUGUGAAUCUAGUCUAGAUCUAUACAUUAAAAAAAAACCUGAACACAUUACACACUGUUCUACAAACUACAAACAACUCAGAUUUAUCAUCUUGCUUGUGUUAAAUUUGUUUGGACCAAUGCUAAGUUGACUACUUGACCAAGGAUGAAGUUCGCAGAACAUCUGGGGGCUCAUAUCACCCCAGAGUGGAGGAAACAGUAUAUUCAAUAUGAAUAUAUGAAAGAAAUGUUGUAUGAUGCACAAGAGCAAGCCCCCUCUCCAGAAGUGACAGACUCAAGUACCAUACAAAGAUAUUUUGCCAGGUUUACAGAGAAAUUCUUCCAGUUCUGCGACAAAGAAUUAUCUAAGAUAAAUACUUUCUUUCUGGAGAAGUUGUCAGAAGCCAAUCGCAAGUAUGCCAACUUGAAGGCCGAGCUGGAGGUCUUUUUGAACCACCACCAGCAAAAUAAUCAACGUAACCCUCAGCUCAGAAGGCGCAAGCCCAGUAUGGCUAAUCUUCAGUUGUUCAAGGACAAAGAGUUGAAAGGUCAAGCCCUGUCAUCCAUGAGGAAAUUGCAUGAUUUAAAGUUGGCCUUUUCUGAGUUCUACCUGAGCUUGGUGUUGCUGCAGAAUUAUCAGACCUUGAACUUUACUGGCUUUAGGAAGAUUCUCAAAAAACAUGACAAAAUGAUGCAAACAUCAACAGGCACAGAGUGGAGACAAUCUCAUGUUGAAGUGGCACCAUUCUACACAAACAAGGAGGUGGAUCACCUCAUCAAGGAUGUUGAGCAAAGUGUGACCAGUGAACUGGAAGGUGGUGAUAGAUCUAAAGCUAUGAAACGACUCCGUGUGCCUCCUCUAGGUGACGAGCAACAUCCUUGGACAAAUUUUAAGAUGGGGCUGUUUAUAGGCAUGUUUGUUGUGUUGACCAUAGUCAUCAUACUGUCUGCCAACUUUAUCGACCGCUCCAAGGACUGGGAGCCAGCACUGCACAUGUAUCGUGGUUUGUUUCUGGUCAUCUUUGACCUUUUCCUUCUGGGGGUCAACACAUAUGGAUGGCGGUCAUCUGGCGUCAACCAUGUCCUGAUAUUUGAGAUUGACCCUAGGAAUCAUCUGACCCAUGCACAGCUGUUGGAGUUGGCAUCUUUUCUUGGAGUGUUCUGGGCAUUAAGUAUACUUUCCUAUUUGUACAGUGAUUUUAUUGGUGUCCCCCCUAUGGCCAUGCCCCUGGCAUUUACAACAUUCCUCAUUCUGGCAUUAAUCAACCCAUUCAAGUUCUUUUAUUAUAGAGCAAGGAUGUGGCUGCUAAGAAUAUUGUUUAGAAUUUUAACAGCACCCUUUCACCAUGUUGGUUUUGCUGACUUUUGGCUGGCUGAUCAACUCAACAGUCUAGUGACCGUUUUACUAGACCUAGAAUACCUAGUCUGUUAUUAUGCCUUUGAGGUGGAAUGGUUAGGAGAUGACAGACAGUAUGUUUGUAAUAAAAACAUUUAUGGAAUCAUCGCCAUCUUCUCCUGUUUACCUGCGUGGUUUCGUUUUGCCCAGUGUCUGAGGCGUUACCGUGACACAAAGCUGGUGUUUCCACACAUUGUCAACGCAGGAAAAUAUUCCACAACAUUUUUUGUUGUCCUCUUUUCCACGCUUUACAAGAUACAUGUUGAAAUGUAUGGUGAACAUUAUCGCCAAACAUCAGUUUUUUUCUAUUUGUGGAUUGUUGCUGCCAUUGUGAGUUCCUGCUACACAUACACAUGGGACAUCAAAAUGGAUUGGGGACUCAUGGACAAGAACGCUGGAGAAAACAGGUUCUUACGAGAGGAAAUAGUCUAUGCAUAUAAAGCUUACUACUAUUUUGCAAUGAUUGAAGAUUUCAUCUUACGUUUUUUGUGGACGCUAACCGUUUCUGUUGGUGAAGGGCUUUUCUACAACAACACUGUACUUAAAACAAUAUUUGCUUGUUUGGAAGUCUUUAGAAGAUUUGUUUGGAACUUUUUCCGUCUUGAGAAUGAACAUUUGAAUAAUUGUGGUCAGUUCCGAGCUGUGCGAGAUAUUUCCAUCGGCCCUAUAGAUUCCAAUUAUGAGCAGCAGUUACUGGACAUCAUGGACAGUGAGAGUGAAGUUGACUGGAGACUUCAUGAUAAAAGGAGAAAAGGUUUCAGGAGCAACAAAGAGUCCAGACUUUUCAUUGAUGAAGAUGAUGAGCAAGUGCCUCUGGUCAAUGGCAGCAAACAAUUCAAGAGGAUUUAAACCCAUGGCAUACAAGCAGCACUUUAACUGUUCAUGUCAGAUUAUUGAUGUAAAAUGCAUUUACCAUAUGUUUAUAAUCUCUCACAUGUAAUUGGAUUUUAAGUUUUAUUUCCUAGCUACAAAACUGCUUUUUAACAUUUUUUUAAAUUUGUAUGAGAUGAAUGAAUUUGUAAUUAUCCAGAAACAGUAUUCUCUCAGUUCUUGUCGGUCUCCCUAGAUUUAACAUAUAGAGACAGACAAUGUUAAAAUUUGUUAUUGUCUUUUAUGAUACACAUAUCAUCAUGCGUGAAUUGUCUUUCUUGUAAAUGAGAAUAAUUUACAAUUUUUUAAAAAUGUGUUUACCGGUAUGUAAAUAAAUGACCUAUUUAUGACUGCACAUAGUAUGGAAGUUAAUCAAAAUAUUUUUUGUCGGAAGAAAAUUCAGAAUUCUUUUUUUACAGAAGCCCACGAAAGGAUUGCGAGUUUGAUAGGUGUAUUCAAGUGUAUUUUAACAAAGUCAUACAGUCAUUAAGUUUUAAUUUUAUUUAGAAAAUUUUUAAAAUGUGCCAAUGAAAUUAAUGAAAUUAAAGAAAAACGUACAUGGUUUUCAUCAUCAAAAGAGUGAAAUUUGUAUUAUAAUUAAAAUAAUUGAUGUGUGUAAUCAAGUAACUAUUUAGAAAUAAACU